GAGUGAUACAAAACAAAAGGUUUGUGACGUAGUAGCAACACUCAAAAGUCAUUAUGGCGGUGGGGGAAGCGGUAGGAUACCCUGGGGUUGCUGACAUUACCACCUAAUUUUCAGGAUGUGAACUACCGGUCCGUGACAACGUUUUACCCGUGUUAGUGCCGACAUUUCUCCCUAUUUUGUGCAACCUAUCCUCCCUCAACAUGGAACAGUCUUCCCCCGGUCCGGGGAGGCUUCUUGCGAGGAUGAGUCGACCCGCCAGACGCCAUGGGGGAACCGCAGAAUGCUAGGAUGAAGCACGACGGUGCGAUGAAGACAGAGGGGGGAGGACAGGACCACCAACUCACGGUGGCCCUCCGUGUUCGGCCCGUCAGCGAUGCCGAGCUGGAACAGGGAGCGACGUUGAUUGCCCACCGCGUCGACAACAACAACCCACAUUUUAUAGAAAGCAUCUGUUCUACAACUGGUCCUGGGAAAAGAAAACUGGAUAAUGAUCCCUAUCGAAAGAUGGUGGUACUAAUGGACCCACAGGAGGACCCAGACGACAUCCUACGAGCGAAUCGAUCGCGGGAGAAGCAAUAUGUGUUUGACUACUCAUUUGAUGGCAGGUCCAGUCAAGAGGAAGUUUAUGCCCACACCACCCGGCCCCUGAUAGAGAGUGUCAUUGAGGGAUUCAACGCUACUGUCUUUGCCUAUGGUGCUACAGGUGCUGGUAAAACCUACACCAUGCUGGGCACAGACCACGAGCCUGGUGUGAUGGCAAGAUCACUCAAUGACCUGUUCGAGGGGAUGUACAGAACAAGUGAGAACAUGGUGUACCAGGUCUCCAUGUCUUACCUGGAGAUCUACAAUGAGAUGAUCCGUGACCUCCUGAGCCCUGAGUCAGGAUACUUGGAACUCCGGGAGGACACGAAGGGGGUGCAGGUUGCCGGGCUGUCAGAGGUCAAUGCCAAAUCUACCAAAGAGGUGAUGGAGCUCCUACAACAAGGCAACAAGCAGCGUACCCAGGAACCCACCAAGGCGAACAAGACGUCUUCCCGCUCGCACGCCGUGCUGCAGGUCACCGUGAAGCAGCGCUCACGUGUCCGCAACACCACCCAGGAAGUGCGCGUCGGCAAGCUGUACAUGAUCGACUUGGCGGGGUCUGAGAGGGCAGCUCAAACCCAGAAUCGAGGUAAGAGGAUGAAGGAAGGUGCUCACAUCAACCGCUCUCUUCUUGCGCUGGGGAACUGUAUCAACGCGCUGUGUGAGAAGGGCCCGAAAGCAUACGUGAACUACCGUGACAGUAAGCUGACCAGGCUGCUGAAGGACGCCCUGGGAGGCAACUGUAAGACUGUGAUGAUCGCCCACAUCAGUCCAGCCAGCACCUCUUUUGAUGAGUCCAGAAACACUCUGCUGUAUGCAGACAGAGCAAAGAACAUCAAGACAAGGGUGAAAAGAAAUUUGAUGAAUGUCUCGUACCACAUUGCGCAAUACACGGCCAUCAUCUCAGACUUGCGGAAGGAGAUUUCCCGGCUGAAGCUGAAGAUUGAGGAGCAGGAGAUGGUGAAGAAGGAGCUAUCCCAAGGACAGCAGCUCAGGUCCAGGAUCAAGGAGAUACAAUCUGAGGUACAGCUCGAGGCCAGCAAGUCGGACAAGAAGGAGAUGGUGCGUCUCCGGGAACAGCUGGUGUCAGCGUUCCACGAGCAGAUGGAGAUCCGGCGCAGCCUGAUGGAGCUGGAGAACACCACGCUGGAGAUCCAGAUGGACACCUCCCGGCACAUGCUCACCAUCUCUGAAUGGGACCAGGAGCAGACCAAGCAGAAGGAAAAGCAGACUGAGGACAAUAAGGAGUUGGAGAAGGGAGAGAGCGAGAAGGAGGCAGAGGAACAAUCCUCCCACAGUGACUCCUCUUCUGAGCCUCCAGAAGUCCUCCAUGCUAAAGAUGAGCUGCAGCAGCUGAUGGAGGAGCAGAAAAAAGCCUCCAACCUGAAGCUCCAACUGCAGGAGAAACUCAGUCUUAUCCAGAGCAAAGGCAGGAAACUGGAAGAGCUGCUGCCCAAACGGAUCAACAACGAGGACCAGAAGGAAAUCCUGAUGCUCCUGUGUAAAGUACAUGAGCUGGAAAUUGAAAACACAGAGAUGCAGUCCAAAACACUGCUUCAAGAAAACUUCCUCCGCCAGAAAGACUUGGUCAUCGCGAGGUACGAGCAGCACAAGAACGUGGCGGAUGAGAUAAUCCGCAUGCAGCGGGAACUGAUCGAGAUGCACAAUUUACCCGUUCCUCUGGAGCUGGAGGAACUGUACGAGGUGUACACUCAGGAUCUGGACGCGUCCUUCAGCCACACCCAGCUGCACACCUUACAGAGCUACCAGGCAAAAAUGUCCUUCCUCACUCAGAAGCUUCAGGACUUUGAGGAAUAUGAUGAUAAGCUUGGCACGUUGGAUGAUGAACAUUCCAGUCCUUCACCCACAAAGAUAAACUCAAGAAAUGCAUCGACAAAAGACUUGAGUGAAAGAGACACUCCAUCAAAGGUUUUCAAAGCAAGUCCUCAAUCAAGGAUGCUGCGGCAAGCAGCAAAUGAUAACCAAGUGACCUUAAGUCCGACCCAUUCGGACAGUGUUACAAAACUUGAGAGCCUGGUCAGCAUCAGCAGUCGAAGCAAUAGCCGCACCAGUGACUCACCUGAACCUCCACUAGGGAUUGUGACAUCACCAGAUGAUAUCAUUGAAGUGGCAAAGAAAACAAAGAACAUAAACGCCAUUGCUGCUCGUCGACGAUCACGAGUAAGCACUCACGUUCCAGAUGUUCUCACCCUCGAUUACGGCAAGACCACAGCUUCUCUUAAUUCUCUCAGGGACGACACUCGGCAGUUAAAACAAAUUGAUGAGGUCAGGUCCAACCCUCUAACACCUGCCAUGAGGCACGCUGUUAGUGAGGAGAACUUGUUUGAUGAAAAGUCCAGCAGCAAACGCGAGGAAUCCCCUCCUCCUGUGUUUGUGCCGAGGAUUGCGAAACCUCGCCGUAGUGACAGGAAGAGUCUAGACAGACAAGCGCGCAGAAGGACCAAGUCUCACGAGGUUUCUGAAGACAAGAAUAAAGCAGGGAAAGUGCCAGCAGGAACAAGGCAAAAGACGCGCAGCAUCCGACAUUCCAAUGGGAACUACUCCGACCCUGCACGGUACGGGGGGCGCCUCAAGUUUCCUGUCAACCACCAUACAGGAGAGGGUGACCUGCGGACCUUGGAACCAGUCAGCACUCCCCCAACUACAGUCUUCCAGAGUGGGGCAGACAAGGGCAAAGGCCUCUCUGUGCAGAAGAGGUAUAGAGGACCUACCUACUCAGACUCCUCCGCUGCCAGCACCCCCCAGCUGCAGCCGCCCCCCAUCCGCCAGAAGGCCACCAUCCCCGCCUACCGCAAGGCCAACAUCGCAGUCGCUGGGCACGCGCUCCCACGGAGCACCGACAAGCACCGCAGAUACUAAACACCUUCAACUCAUCUGUAGUUACUCUAGCUCUAAAGGUUAAAUAUUGAAGUUCUAAUAUGAAAAUAUUAUUAGACAGAUUCACACACCUAUUUAAAAAAUCUAAUGGUGGGAAUGAUAUAGGUGUCAAAUUUUAAAAAUGAAUGAUUUUCUUGCAGCCAAAAAUCAUGUUUUAUCAAAUUAUCUUAAUUUGUUCUGUGAAGGAGACAAGUGUCUCCCAUGAUCGAUACAGUUACUGCUAUCCUAGCUUUAUCCUCUUCCAGAUCAGAUGCUUGCUAGCAAUUCACAAGUGCCUUUAAUAGUUAAGAGCAGUUGUCUUCUUGUAGCAAUUGUAGUGCUCCCUUAGGAGAAAAUUUGGCAACAAUUUUCCCUUUUUUAUGCACAUAGUUAGUUGGCUGCUGCUUGAGUUCCUGAUACAUUCCAUUUAACCCAUGUUGCCUUCCUUUUAGAUUUGGAAAACUUGAAACCAUUUUAUGCAAAGAAUGCAGCAUGUAUUAAUGUUGAUAAAUUGAUUGUUCCCAUUAGAUAUUACCUGUUCCAAGAUAUCGUUGACAUCAGAAUAUGACAGAAGUUACAACACCACAACAAUUCAUAUGGUAACUCAAAGUAGUAUUUAUUUAACUUAUGAAUAAAUUAAAAUCUACAUGGUUUCUUCAGGCUAUUGUGACAUUGACCAACUCAAUAACUUUAUAACAUAUAAAUUUAGUUAACCUAAAACUUUGUAAAGAAUUGUAAAGAUGAAGAUCUUUGACAAUAUUUGAGUAUUUCUUUUCUAAUCUCAGACUCAAUCUAUGAUUGAAAAAUAAGGUACAUGUAGUGAUCUUUUCUGUAGUUUUGACAAUGCUGUACAGGCAGAUGAUUUUUAAUCCUAAUGACAGACUAACAUGUUCCUUGUAUAGUGUGUGUUCUAGUGUAUAUUCUGUUUCUUACUGUGGAAAUAUAGUUUGUAUCAUAUUUAACCAUGACCUGUAAGUUAAAUCAGAAUAUGUGUACUAUGUUCCUGUACAUGUAUGUAUCUACAUUCCUUGGCACGAUGGUAUUGUGAUGUAUAGUUUGUUUGUUUUUUUCUUGCAUGGGGACCACACAUUUUUUUAAUUACAGUAUUAUGAUUUGCAUGAUAGAUAUGUAGUCUGUGCAAUGCAAUGAACCAUCAAAACAUUGGCAAAUUACCUUGGUACAACACGAAAGAGCAAUACUGUAUGUGUUACAGUCUCUCAGAUUUUACCAUCACUGUCAAGUCAAUAAUGAUGACCAGAGAAAACCAAUAAUAGUGCUCGGUGCCUUGAGCUUAGUUGUAUUUCAGCUGUUUAAUUGGAAUGGGAGUAAAGGAAAAAUGUGCAGAUUAAUACUUGUUCAUGUGUAAUGUAUGACAGGGAUAAGAGACUAGGAAAAUGUAACGUUACAAUCUGUUGAUCAGAACAAUUUCUAAUCAUACAGUUAGUAAUGGACAUCGGUCUAAGGUCUACCCUUAGUUUCAAGUGCUAACUGUGCCUAGAUAGCAACUUGUGAUGAAACAGAAUAGUAACUUUGGUUAUUAAUUCAGCUGGUGUAGACUUUGGAUACAAGAGGAAAAUGUAAUAUUAUUUGAUUGGGAAGAGAACUUUAGAUUGUAUUUGAACAGAAAAUAAAACUAUUCCUAUUU